CACACACAACUCCUUCUCCUCCCCCCUAACAACACUAGUUUCACUUUCUAUUAUCAAUUCCAGAAUGGCGUCUGUGUGUCUGAGAGAGGAGCUGAGCUGCUCCAUCUGCCUGAGCCUUUAUACAGACCCUGUGUCCCUGAGAUGUGGCCACAACUUCUGCCAGGACUGUAUUGUGAGGGUGUUGGAUACACAGGAGGGGGAUGGAGAAUAUUCCUGUCCGGAGUGCAGAGCAGAGUAUCAGGAGCGCCCGGCACUGGAGAAGAACAGGAAGCUGAGUAACAUUGUGGAAAGUUUCCUAUGUAGUCACCCAGAGCUGGAGGAGACCCAGAUUUUCUGUACUUACUGCGUGGAUACUCCUAUACCGGCUGUGAAGCAGUGUCUGCAGUGUGAGAUGUCCCUGUGUGAGGGCCACCUGACUGCACACAACAAAUCAGUAGAUCAUGUUCUAAUUGACCCAACAUCAUCACUGACCAACAGAAAAUGCCAAAUCCACAAGAAACUUUUUGAGUACCAUUGCUGUGAGGAUGCUGCCUGUGUCUGUGUCUACUGUGUUGCAAUAGGAUCACACAAAGGACACGAGGUAGAAUCACUGGAUGAGGCCAUGAAGACCAAGCAGAAGAAGCUGAGAAACCUCCUGGGGAAACUGACUGUAAUCAGAGCAGAGGCUGAGGAACAUGUGCAGAGUCUGCAGGAUCGCAGGACAGAGGUAGAGGAGAAAGCAGCUGUUGUCACAGGGAAAGUCACUGACUUGUUUAUGGACAUCAGGAAGAAGUUGGACGUCCUAGAGGGGAGAGUCCUGAGUGAGGUCUCCAGACAGACUGAGAGGAUUUCUCUGCAAAUCUCUGAUCUGAUCCGGCAGCUGGAGGAACAGAAGGAUGAGCUGUCCAGGAGGAUGGGUCACAUUGAGGAGCUGUGUAAUGCUACUGACCCGCUAACUGUCCUACAGGACCGAGAAUCAGACUCUAAUGAGAAGGAAAGUGACACAGAAAGUGAUGCCAAAAUGACUUAUCCUGUGGAUGAUCUGGACGAGUGUCUGAUCUCAGUGAAUUUGCACUCUGGUUUAUCUGAUAUUCUGACUGCUGCAAAGAGAGCGUCCUGUAUACCUGAGACUGCAGAUAUGUUACUUGAUAUAAACACGGCUAAUAAUUACAUCUCUGUAUCAGGGGAUUUAAAAUCUGCAUCCUCAUCCAAUGUAGAACUAAAUUACCCACAGAGGACAAUGAGGUUUACAGAUUAUCGUGUGGUCCUCAGCAGCACAAUAUUUGGCCCAGGACAACAUUGCUGGGAAGUGGGAGUCAGCACAUCAAAGUAUUGGCGGGUUGGAGUGGCUUAUUCUAGUAUGGAAAGGGAAGGAAAGCAGUCAGUAAUUGGAGACAAUAGCAAGUCCUGGUGUUUGCGUAUGUCGGAUACAGGUUAUUCAGUGAAUCACAAUUCUGUGCGCACUUAUCUGCAGCUUCAGUCUCCUGUGCAGGUAAUAAGACUAUACCUGGACUAUGAGGCCGGGCGUCUGUCCUUCUAUCAGCUGUGUGACCCCAUCAGACACUUACACACCUUCUCCGACACCUUCACUAAGCCCCUCCAUGCUGCCUUCUUGGUAUCCAGUGGUGGCUGGGUCAGGAUUAACAGCUAGAUAUAUACAUGUAAUGGGUUCAGUAUGAUUUACCGACGGAUACAAUACAGACAGUCAUAAUCCCAACAGCCUACAGGCAAAAUUUCCAACUUUCAUUAUGCCGACAUGUCAAAAUACCAACAUGAGUUUUUCUGGAGUUUUUUUGUGUCCAUGUUGACAUAGGUCGAAAUGGACACCGUGUAAAUGUACCGCGUCCCCUCGCAUGGCUGGCUGCGCUCGGCACACUAUUAUAUUCCCCCUCCAGGUCACUAGGAUGGUAAAGUAUCAACAAGUCUGUUUUGGGGCAAAAAUUCCUUAAAAACGCAUGUCGGUAUUUUAACAUGUCGCCAUUUCAAAUGUCGGUAUUCUGACUAGGUCGGCAUUUUGAACAUGUCGGCAUAAUGAAUGUUGGUAUUUUGACCGUGUUGGUAUUGAUUAGCUGCCGGGAUUAUGACUGUCAGUAUUGUGUCCGUCGGUAAAUAAACUGCUACCUGAUGUAAUAAUGCAACUACAAUCACUGUUAUCUUGUUGGCUUGUACCCCUCCUGCUACCUUUAGUAAAUACUUGGGUGGGAAAGUAAUUACCUGUGAGGUACUGUAACUACACUUUAGGGUGUUAAGACCUGAACCUGCUCAGUUUGUUUGUACUUAUCUCUGGUAGCACACUUUAGGGGCUGAGAGCGGAAAUUUACAUGAUGCGGCUCUAUGAUACACGUUACACUUCCAAGCUAUUUGGAUUCCCUUUAGUUUUUUCUUUUUAGUUGUUUUCUGUGCUUUUCAGUCAUGUAUCUGUACCAUUGGGAGGAGCUGAUUUGUGUUUGUUGUCCUGAUAUAAAGUACAGGUACAUAGCUGUGUCAUAUACAGGGGCAAUGGAUAAAGCACCUCUGCCUCAUGACACCUGGCUCAGGAGGAGACGGGCAAUGAGUUCAGUAAAAGUCGCAGGAGGGUGAGUAGGAUCCUAUGAACUGAAUGCAUGUGAAGGUGACCUCUAUGUCUGAGAUUUCCCAGCACAGUCUAUAUAAGGGUGGAAUGUGUAUGUGAUAUGUAUAUACGGGAAUACACUGUUACCCCUGAUGAUUCUGCACUUGGUGCUAUGGAGGAAAUCUAAAUGGAGACAAUUACAUAUUA